ACCCCUGAAACCCUAAUAAAAGCAGCUUGUCUUCAACAUUCUCUACUCCCUUUCUCACUCACUCACUCGCUUUCUUUUUCUCUUCCACCCUCUCCUUUCUUUUGGGUCCCUCCCUCGCCCUGCAAUCCCAGCAAACUCAACUGGCUCAUUAUUAAAUCUUCUAUACCCAGCAACGCCUUCGCUCUCAAACCCUUCUUCUUCUUCUUCUUUACUCACCGCCUCUCUCACCACCCGACGCACAAACCACCUUCUCCUUCCUUUUUACUUGUGCCUUUUCCCUCAUGGCCUCUCGCUCUUUAGACGACGCUGAGUUUUGGCUUCCUUCCCAGUUUCUCACUGACGACGACGUUUUAAUGGACAAGGAGAAUUUCGACAAGAACGGGGUUACUUUUGGCACUGAUAAUGGCUGCUUUGGUGGGCGACGACCCUGUGUCAAUGGCUUCCCCACUGAGUUUCCCUAUGAGUUUGACUCGUUCGGUUCUAACUCCGCUCUCAGUUCGCCUGUUGAGUCUGUCGUGAGUUCUACCGAAACCGAGAGCUCCGACGAGGAAGACUUUUUCGCCGGGUUAACUCGACGGUUUGCCCAGUCUAACCUCCGCGAGGCUCAGAAGCCCGUGCCCCCCUGUUUCAACCAGGAAAAAUCAGAGUGGGUUUUGUCUGGGUCACCACAGUCUAUUCUGAGUGGAAUCGGGAGCUGGUCUGGGCGGAGUAUUUCCAGCAAUGGAAGUCCAAAUGGUCCUUCACAGGUUGUGUCGCCCCCGACGACGCCGUUUGGAGCUAAGAAUGAUACCUGGGAUCUGAUAUACGCAGCAGCUGGGCAGGUUGCGAGGUUGAAAAUGAGUGGCGAAGACGCCAAGAUGAGUCAACAUGGUAGAGGCCUUUUGGGUGCUCCCAGAAGUCCUAGCCCGCUCCCUUCUGCGAGAUACCCCAACUCUGGACUCUACUCUAGCCAGAGUCUUUCUCAAAAUAUUGCCCAGUUUCAAGCUCUGAAACCGGACAUGGCAGCUAAGCCACAGUGUGCUUCCGCUUGGGGAAGAGAAGUCAAGGCUUGCUGGUCAGCUCAGGCUCAGGCUCAGGCUCAGGCUCAGGCACAGGCACAUGCACAUCAGCAGAACCACCAUUAUUUCCAUCAACAGAUCCAAAACAGGGGAAGGAACACUAGCUACGAAAAUGGCCGAUGUGGGCGUGUUCCAAAUUUGUCCCAAUCUGCUUGGCCUCCUCUUCAAGUCCAUAAUCGAAGCCAACAGCCGAACAGACCCGCCAUGGGAGCUGCUUCACUCGCUGGAUCUGGCGCCAAGAGGGAAUGUGCUGGAACUGGAGUCUUCUUGCCUCGCAGAUACAGCAACCCUCCCGAGUCGCGAAAAAAAUCAGCUUGCCCAAACGUUCUACUUCCAGCUAAAGUAGUCCAGGCUCUUAACUUAAGCUUUGAUGACUCAAAUAGUUAUUCUCAACCUCGUUUUGGUUGUAAUAUUGCUCCAGAUCAUGAAGCUUUAAUGGCGAGAAGAAACGCUGUGUUGGACCAGCAAAGACGAAGUUUGAGGCCAGAAGUGGCACUAAAUCAUGAAAUACGCCUUCCUCAAGAGUGGACGUAUUGAAAGAAAGACUGAACAUCAGAUAUUUUUUUAUCUCAAAAAGACCAAAAAAAGACAGAAUGCAGGAAAAAAGCAAGUGUAAACGGUAGAAGUGUUAUAGGAUAUUAUGGUAUUUGGGUUUAUAAGAUUUAUUAUUAUUAAAUUAUGAAAUUCAAGAUUUGCGUGUAGUUUUAGGGAGCAAUAAGAAGAAAUCCAGGUUUUUUUUUGUGGGAUGUUUAAGUUUGCAAUUGUCAUUAGCCUUAGAAGAAGAAAAGAAUAUAGUAAUAGUAGCUUAGGAAGAAGAAGAAGACGACAAUGAAGAAGGGUGUUCUUUAUUGUAAUAAGUGGGGAAUUUCUUCCAAUGUUCAAUGGAGAAAGAAGGUUGGAAAAUAGCUGAAACUUAGGUCAAGUUUUGGCCAUUUUGGGGUAUAGGUUAAACUUUUUUAAGUUUGUAAUGGAGGGAAUCAACAUUCCUCUCUCUUGCUGUAAAAUUGCCCUUGGAGGGUUAUUAAAUUUGAAAUAAGAAAAAAGUCUUUAUUA